GUCAUUAGCAACACCGACAGUUAGAAGUUGAACUUCGAGUCCCCAAUAUCCAACGAUGGCCUUCAACUUCAACUGCGUACUUGGGAAUUUUAGAAGCAGAGGAGGAUUAGCUAUAAGUGGCAGAAUUUCUCCGGGGUUGAAGCCUAGCCCACCUGAGAUAUUUUGCUCUCACAGAAUAGUCUUGAGAAAAAUGGGCACAACACCAUCACCAAUAUGCCGGGAAUUCAUUUCUGUGGAAGGAAGUGAUAUCUAUUCAAGAAGUAGACCUGAUGGAAUCAGAUUCCGUCUUGUCUCAUAUAAUAUUUUAGCUCAGGUCUACGUGAAGAGUUCUUUGUUUCCACACUCUCCAUCUCCUUGUCUCAGGUGGAAAGCUCGUUCCCAUUCAAUUUUAUCUGUUCUCAAGAACUUCGGAGCUGAUUUUCUCUGUCUACAGGAAGUUGACGAGUAUGAUAGCUUUUACAAAGGACAAAUGGAAAGUCUAGGUUAUUCUAGUAUUUAUGUCCAGAGAAGCGGGCAGAAGCUUGAUGGAUGUGGAAUUUUUUAUAAGCCAGACGGUGCAGAGUUGGUUUUAGAGGAGAAUAUAGAAUACAAUGAUCUUGUAAAUUCAGUUCAAUAUGGACAUGAUGACGUGCUUACUAAAGGAAAUAGGGGAGCUGAACCGAAAAAUGGUUCAGCAUUAAAGAAGGCCGCAGAUGAGCGUGGAGAUCCUAAUGAUCCUAGUGUGAGACUCAAACGCGAUUGUGUUGGAAUUAUGGCUGCAUUCAAGCUCAAAGAUCCUCCACAUCAUGUUGUUGUUGUGGCAAACACACAUCUUUACUGGGAUCCUGAAUGGGCUGAUGUCAAGCUUGCACAAGCUAAAUAUCUUUUAUCACGAUUGGCUCAGUUUAAGGAAUUGGUAUCCAACAGACUUGAAUGUAUACCUUCAGUAAUAGUGGCUGGUGACUUUAAUUCAACUCCCGGGGAUAAGGUUUACCAGUACCUGAUUUCAGGCAACCCUUCAUUGGCACCAGUGGUGGAAUGUUUAGAAGACAUUCCUAUUCCAUUGUGCAGUGUCUAUGCUUUUACCAAAGGAGAACCACAAUUUACAAACUGCACCCCUGGCUUCACUGGUACACUUGAUUAUAUAUUCUUUUCCCCAAAUGAUAACAUCAAACCGGUCAGUUUUCUGGAGCUUCCGGAACCAGACUCACCUGAUGUUGUUGAAGGAUUACCAAACUAUAGUCACCCUAGUGAUCAUCUUCCAAUUGGUGCUGAGUUUGAAAUUACCAGGGAAUAAGUUUUCAUGGUGCAACCAUUAUCUGCAUUCCUGAAGAAAGAGAGCGUGUCCAAGAGGACUUGAAAAACUAGUUAGCAGGUUCUAUUUUUAUAAAGAUUUUUAUUCUUUAAUUGAUUACUAGCCUUUAUAAUUGAUUUGUGAUGAACUUCUAGACUGUAAUAAGCAAAUUGAUUUGUGAUGGUUAAGAACAGUUUAUUGAUCCAUUUUUUAAAAUUUA